AUGUCUGAAUUUGACUUCAACGAACAUUCGCAUCGUCGUCAUAACCCAUUAACAAAUUCUUGGGUCUUAUGCUCUCCACAUCGAACAAAGCGGCCUUGGCAAGGUCAACAGGAAGCAGCCGAUAAUGAAACAUUACCUAGUUACGAUUCGAGCUGCUACCUUUGUCCGGGAAAUAAGCGUGCACGAGGAGACACGAAUCCCGAGUACCAAAACACGUUCAUCUUUACUAAUGAUUUUGCCGCCGUAAAGUUUGAUCAACCCCAAUUUCAGCACAAUUCCAACGACAAAUUCUCGUCAUUGCUAAAAGCCGAAGGUGUCAGAGGUGAAUGCAAGGUUAUGUGCUUUUCUCCAAAACAUAAUAUCACCGUCGCUGAAAUGUCAAAGGAUGCCAUAAUUCACGUGAUUCAAGCAUGGAUCGAAGUUUACCGAAAUUAUUUUUCUAUUCCUCACAUCAAUUACGUACAAAUUUUUGAAAACAAAGGCACAAUAAUGGGGUGUUCCAAUCCUCAUCCUCAUUGUCAAAUUUGGUGUACGGAAUCAAUUCCUGAAGAACCUACCAAAGAACUUAUUUCCAUGACAAAAUAUUAUGAACAAAAUAAGUCUUGUCUUUUAUGCGAUUAUGUUUUAUUAGAAACAUUAAAGUUACAAGAUAAACCGAGAGUAAUAUGUGAGAAUGAUUCAUUUGUGUGCGUAACACCGUUUUGGGCGACAUGGCCUUACGAGACUAUGAUAAUUGCAAAGUCUCAUGUAACAAGUUUGAUUGAAUUGGAUGGAGAAAAACAACUAAAUGAUCUUGCAGAUAUUAUUCGUAGAAUUACAUGUAGAUAUGAUAACGUAUUUAAAUGCUCUUUUCCUUACUCUAUGGGAAUUCAUCAAGCACCUGUUGAUGAAAAGGAUCAUUCACAUGACUCGCAUUUGCAUUUACAUUUUUAUCCUGCGUUAUUGAGGAGUUCAACUGUCAAAAAAUUUUUAGUUGGAUAUGAAAUGCUCGCCGAGCCACAGCGUGAUCUUACGCCCGAACAAGCUGCAGAAACAUUGCGCAAAUGUUCUGAAAUCCACUACAAGCAAGAAAAUAUGAUAUAA